AUGGGGGCGCCGUCGCAAGAGUUCCUGGCCCAGUCGCCAACAUACCACAAAUGGGUCCCGGUUUUUGGUUCGACAGUUUCUGAACUUAAGCUAUAUACCAUUCCAGGCUUCCCCAGUGGUCUUUUUCUGUAUAGGUCGCAUCCCAUCACCCAUAUUGAACUCACAGGCCAUGCGUGCUCCGUGUCGCGCGUUGAGACCCCAACAAAUAAAAUCUCGUUUGUACUUGACGAUGGAUCCGGCAUCUCAAUACCCGUUUUCUGGUUUACAGAUCAAAAUGUCCCAUUUGAGACGUUUGAAGGAAACAUUGUGACGGUGCUUGGACGUCCGUCUGAUUUAUUUGGCCAGGUGGUUGUUAAAGCCAGUGAUGUUUCUGUGUGUUGUCAAUACAAUGAGGUUUUGGCAAAAACCAUGGCUACAAUUAAUGCAUAUUUGGGGAUUCUUAGCUACAAUUGGACCCCGCUGUUUCAAACACCUAAUGAAUGGACAGAGGAUCUUAUGGAGGAAUUUCAGCAACUUGAGCUUUACUACUGCUCGUUCGAUAAGUCGUUUGACCACAAAAUACCCCAGCUAUAUAAGUUUGCUCGAAUUAAAUACCCUGAAGAAGGUUGUGUGGCAUUGGAGUUAAGAGACCAAGAUGAUCUCAGCGACGAAGACAACGAAGACGACGAGGAUAUUGAAGAAAUCUCCGAGUCUCAGUUUAGAAAUGAGCAUUUGAUCAAUAAGAGCCAUGAGUCGAUCAUAGAAUCUGACCAAGAUUCUAUUAAUGAACUUAUUUCAGAGUCUGCCAUUGAACUUAGCUCAGAGCACAUAGCUGUUAGAACUGAGUCUAUGCCUGUACUUAGCGAUGACUCGAAUCUUGAACUUGAAGAGGAAAGUCUUGAGUUUAGUUUAGAUUCCCGAGCUGAAGAAAGUUCUGAGUAUGGGAAUGAAAGCAGCAACUCUGAAAUUAUCAUUGAUAAUUCGACUAGUUCUGAAAUUAUUGAAUCUCUGACUACCCCUGAGUUUUCAAUGGAAUACACGCCCAUGGACGGUGCAUUUAUUGAGAACCCAAACGAAUUUCUUAUGCAAAUGUCUCCGCGACUUAGAAGUACUCCGCAAAUGUCGCCGGCUAGUGGCAAUACAAUGUUGAACGACAUGGGCGGUUCUGAGCCCCGGGUUCUUGAUAACCCAAUGGCUUUAAUUGCGGAUCUGUUGGAUAAUGACUAA